GAUGAGAGAGGGAAAGAGGGAGGGAAGGAGAGAGCCAUAAAGACCAGGUCAUUUCUACCUUCCAACCUUCUGAUAAUGUUGGGAGGGCGUUGGUGGGGGGAGAGUUAGGUAAUGAUUUCUCAUCCGGAGAGCUUGGGGUAGUAGUAGUCAACCCAAGGCUGCGGAAACCCUGGCUGUGAUUGACAGCAGGGUCGCGGGGGCCCUGCCUGUCUCUGUUGACAGUAAUAAUGAGGAUUUGUCAAAGCCUAAUGGACAUGGAGAUGCCAGAUUACGCCGAGUCCCUCGACGCCUCGUACACCAUGUUGGAGUUCGAAAACCUGAGGGUGCUGCCCACGAACUCAUCAGAUGCCAUUGUUUCAGAGUCAGGCAACGCCAGCUUGAUGGUGAAUGGGAUUAACUCGCUGUGUGCCAUUUGUGGGGAUCGCGCAACAGGGAAACAUUAUGGGGCUUCCAGUUGUGAUGGUUGCAAAGGAUUCUUCAGAAGGAGCGUCCGUAAAAAUCACAUCUAUUCAUGCAGGUUUAGCCGACAGUGCGUGAUAGACAAAGACAAGAGGAACCAGUGUCGAUACUGUCGGCUGAAGAAAUGUUUCCGGGCAGGGAUGAAGAAAGAAGCUGUGCAGAAUGAGCGCGACAGGAUAAGCAUCCGGAGAAGCAGCUAUGAAGACAACGGAGCCCUUUCCAUCACCAUCCUGACCCAAGCCGAGGCAAUGGCACAGCAGUACUCAGCUCUGCGUCCGGUGCACAGCGCCGAUAUUGCCAUGAAGAAGAUUGCGACCAUCAACGAUGUGUGCGAGUCGAUGAAACAGCAGCUCUUGGUCCUGGUUGAGUGGGCAAAAUAUAUCCCAGCGUUCUGUGAGCUUCCCUUGGAUGACCAGGUUGCCUUGCUGAGAGCUCACGCGGGAGAGCAUUUACUCCUCGGAGUUGCAAAGCGAUCCAUACCAUACACUGAUUUUCUGUUAUUAGGCAAUGACUUCAUUAUCCCAAUGCAGUGUCCAGAAUUAGAAAUCGCCCGUGUCGCUACCAGGAUCUUGGAUGAACUGGUCAAACCUCUGCGGGAGAUCCAGAUCGAUGAGAACGAAUACGCUUGCCUCAAAGCCAUCGUCUUCUUUGACCCAGAUUGCAAAGGCCUGAGUGAAUCCAGCAAGGUGAAGAACAUGCGCUUCCAGGUGCAGGUGAACUUGGAAGACUACAUCAACGACCGGCAGUACGACUCUCGGGGGAGAUUCAGUGACAUCCUCCUCCUCUUGCCUCCCCUCCAGAGCAUCACUUGGCAGAUGAUUGAGCAAGUCCAGUUUGUCAAGCUCUUUGGGGUGGCGAGGAUUGACAGUUUGCUGCAGGAGAUGCUUCUAGGAGGAACAUCCAUGGAUGUCUCGCAGUACCAGUCGGGGCCUUCCAGCCUUAACUUAGAACCUCUUCCGGGACACAUUGUGUUACCCAGCAGCAUCGGUUCUGUUAUUCACACCGUUUCAGUCUCUUCUCCUGAAACAUCUCUUCCAUCUCCUUCCACCAGUACAGGGAGCGAAGAUUACAAGCUCGGCCCAAACCCAGGAUCGGAAGUACCAACAGCACUUUUGCCCCAGAUGGUUAUACCUAAACAGGAAAUCCUAUAAAGAUGCAAGAUGGGAGGGAAAAAAAUCAACCAUUAACAUUUAAAAUCUUCAUGUCUUAAGCCCAACCAACCUUUUGCCUAUAGUGCCAACAGCGGGACACUUAUUACCCAGAUCUUUAAAACCCUUUCAGCUACCAAAAUGGUGACACGGAGUGGAUACAUCAGAAAUUUCCUGUUGGCAGUCUCCCUUCUCCUAGUUUCACUAUGUUGUUUCCUUAGCUGGGAUUAGCAAUGUGUUUCAGCCGCACGAUUGUGUGUUUAGAGAGAUGAAAUAGGACAUAUGCGCAUGUUAAUGUUCUCUCUGCCCUCUUGCUAUCAUUCAUAUCUUUCCAAGUAAUGCCCAUUAUGCAGCAAGGUCUGGAACUCUUAACAAGAGAAAUGUGAAAACUUCCACAGCAGAAAAUUUCAUCCUGUAUGGACUUACUCCUUUUGGCAUCUUGCUUCCUACUUUCCCAUCUCCAAUGUUUUCACAUUGUUUCAACAAAGAGAUGAUGCGCCUUGACUGGUGAUGCGACGUCUUAUGGGAACGUGACACUAUGUCCCAUGCGAAAGGGGAGAGUGAGCAUGAACACAUCAUCAGAUCAUAACUCCAAUUCCGCAUUUGGCUGUAAAUCAUUUUGCAUUUCAUUCAAAUAGCGACUGCAAGGAGAGACCCAUUGACAUUAUUAGCAUGCUAGCCGACAGCUAUAAUUUCCAGCUCUUUUGCAAUUGCUUGCCAGCAUGCUGUAUAUACUAAAACCUUGGCCAUAUGUGCUUUAUUUUCUGUCACACUCCCAUCUGUUGUGUAGAUAUUGUAAGCGAAUAGUACUGGUUUGGCGAUAAUCCAGAACAGAGGCUGUUUCCACACAGAGCAAAAAAAUUCCAAAUUUGAUUGAUCGCAUGCCCUAUUUUCUUUCUUCUGAUUCAUAGGUUUCUCUUCCGUUUCCAUGUUUUGUUGGCUUGAACUGCGUAUUAUUAGACAUUGUCAAGUUUUUUUUUCUUAAGAGCUGUUUUGCUGUUUUACAAAGCUGUCCAUUGUUUGAAAAUAGGUAUAUGCUGUACUCAGAGUAAUAAAGUCACAAUGCUAUUAUUAUUGUA